AUGUUGUCAUUUGGAGCUUUGAGCUGUAAAAUGCACAGGGCCUUAGUUUUGCCUGAGGAUGCUUACAUUUUCUUUUAUUUAUGUAAACAGGUAUAGACAUCUUGGUAAACAAUGCCAGUGCAAUCAGUUUGACUAGUACUGUAGACACCCCGAUGAAGAAAGUGGACCUUAUGAUGGGAAUCAACACUAGAGGAACGUAUCUCACAUCAAAAAUCUGCAUCCCACACCUAAAAAGAAGUAAAGUAGCACACAUUCUAAACCUUAGUCCUCCACUCAACUUGAAUCCAGUUUGGUUUAAGAAUCACUGUGCAUAUACCAUUGCAAAGUAUGGAAUGUCCAUGUGCGUUUUGGGGAUGGCUGAAGAAUUUAAAGGAGAAAUUGCUGUCAAUGCUUUGUGGCCUAAAACAGCUAUACAUACAGCUGCUAUGGAUAUGCUGGGAGGAUCUGAGGUGGAGAAGCAGUGCAGAACUGCUGACAUAAUGGCCGAUGCUGCAUACUCCAUUUUAACAAAACCUAAAAGUUACACUGGAAACUUUGUAAUUGAUGAAGAGCUACUGAGGACUGAAGGAAUAAAGGAUUUCGAUGUUUAUGCAGUUUCUCCAGGGCAUCCUUUGCUUCCUGACUUUUUCUUAGAUGAAAGCCCAGAUGUUGUCACCAGUAAACUGGAGGGGCUGGGUAAUAUUGUGUCUUCUGCGUUUAAACGUGGGGAAAAAGCAUCAUCAAAAGUCCAAAGUCCAGUAGAAGAUACCUUUAAAGCCAUUGGAAAAUCCAUGAAUGAAGAUGCUGUAAAGUCUGUUCAAGGCGUCUAUCAAUUUAUACUUUCAGGGGCAGAACAAGGCACCUGGUAUUUGGACCUAAAAAAUGACAAGGGUGCAGUUGGAAAAGGGGAACCAUCUGUAAAAGCUGAUGUGGUGAUGAGUUUGGACAGCGAGGACUUUGUGAAAAUGUUUACAGGAAAACUAAAGCCAACAAUGGCAUUCAUGGCAGGGAAGCUGAAGAUCAAAGGCAAUAUGGCUCUAGCAAUGAAACUGGAGGCGCUCAUGGGACAAAUGAAUUCCAAGCUGUAA